AACAUGGUCUCCGCGAGACGUCUCACCACCUCGGUUUGUGUGAGGGAGCACCUCUCCGGCAUUCUGAUUGGCUCUCCCGGACAGAUUCCAACCGUCACCACCACGGCGCUGAAGAAGGAAAGCACCCUGUCGUCUGCUUUCUCGUGGUUGAUUAGCUAGUGGUGGAGCAGUCAUUUAGUGAUGGGAGAUAGUAUUCCAAAAUUAAAAAUAAAAAGUUUGGUGUUAUUGUAUAUUGGUGUAUACUCGUAUGCUCAAUUCAGUCUAAUCAGUUAAAUUAAUUUUUUUAUCAAAAGGGUGCCAAACAAGCAAAUGUUGGUGUGUUCAAAGAGAAAGCUAAAGCUAAUCCUAAGUCAAAACAAGGUAAAAAAUCGCCUAAAAGAUGACAUUUUUUGCCGUUGCGAAACUCUGAAAGAAAAUUAUCGGGAUAAAAUUAUAAUAUUUAUACAUUUUCCAAACGCCCAAGAUACACCAAUAUACUGUAAUACUUAUGGAGAUGUUGCUUUAGAUCAUGUUUUGAUUUUCAAUGAUUUUGGGGAGAAAUUUUAUGAAAAAUGUUGUGUCAAUUCUGCUAAAGCAACUAAACAAAUAGAUAAUGGAUUUCCUGAUAAAAGUACCAUUGAGGUGUCUAAUUCAUGCACUGGAAAUGUGGUAGGUAACGUUGGCCAAACUUCUCCAAUUAAUGUUAAUCCAACUUUAUCAACUAUGGCCCACUCUCCUGGGUUUUCUGAAGUUGUAGCAUCAACUGCUGAUAGUUCUAUUCCCGAUAUUUAAUUUCAAUGCUCGGAAAACAUUGAAAAUUAAUUCAAUCCCAGUUAAAACUGCAUUAGUUUCAGCUUUAUGUCCAGUUGCUGCUCAGUCUCCUGAUAAUUAUUUGAUUAUUAAAGUAAUUUAAUAGUCACUGGAAUCAAAAUUGACAUCGCUUUCACUUCUACUCCUUUGGACCGAGGGAAGCUUACAACGGGAAAGCUUACAAGGGAAGCGACAACGCUUAAGCGUUGUCUUAUUUCCAAUGAAAUAAGAAAAACCGGAACUAAGCUGGAAUCCACUCUAUCCCUCUUUCAAGAAUAUUUACCAGAAGAUCUACACGACAUGCUUGAUGAAACUGACAGUAGUUCAGAAGAUGAUUAUGAUAGCGAAACAACUUGUGAUGAUGAAUUAAGUGAUGAAGAAUCGGUUGAACUGUAAAACAGGAUGUAAACGCACGAUACAUGCAAAAUGAAAAAAUAAAUCUUUUUGAAAAUAAAA